AUGAAUUAUCUCAUCUGUAAAUCUUUAAGUGCACUUAUCUUGGCCAUGAAAAAGAAGAAAUAAUUGGAUUUUAAAAAAAUCAGACUUGCUCAUAUACAAACUAAUAUUGUAAUGAAAGUUUAUGUAACACUCAUUCGUAUCAUUUAAAUAAUUGUAUUCGAUUUGCUAUAAUAAGCAAAUAUAUCAUCUAUUGAUACAAACAUAAAGAGAAAAUCAAAAUAAUUUAAAGAAAUUUAAAAUGAGUUGAUAAUUUGUUUUGCAGAGAAUUUUAAAAGAUUGGAUCAAAAUAAAAAAAUUUUAGAAAGUAUGAAAUAAAAACUUUAAAAUAAAGAAUAUUUGUUAUUUAAGUCGUAUAUUAACAUUAAAAAGAAAAUAAAAAAUAAAUCUAUAAUCAUGAAGAGUAGAAUGAAUAAAAAAUAUAAGAAUUUAUUGAAAAAGUCUUAAGAAUAGAAUAUAGAAAAUUAAUUAAGUUAAAGUCAAUCUAUUAGUGAUUAAAUUUAAAUUAGUAAUAAAAUGUUUUAGAAAUUGGUUGUUAUUCAAAAGGAUUAAUCCCUAAUUUCUUUUAGAUUAAAAAAUUAGCCUUGA